AUCUGAAGCCUGAGUAAAAGCACCAUAAUGAUACGCAUACGGGUAAAGCCAUUGACGCAACGCGAUGCAACAUUCGUAGUAUACAAGGCGGUGAGUUCCCAGAGCGCGCCGCAAGUGUGUACAUGUAAAUAGAAAAUAUGACGGUGAGUUGGCUUAAACGCACCGUGACGUGUAAUACAACAAUACAAGCGGCAUACAGGUGGAAUCAGCGAGUGCACCGUGAUACGCGUGUAUGAGUUUAAGCUGACAGAACCUGCGCUUGUAGGGCAGGCAUAUCUUAAAGCACCAAUCAACUUGGCAUGCAGGUAUGUGCAUCUGCUGGCUCCACCCCACCAUUUGAGUAUUUAACGAGCAUCAGGUGCAAUAUCAAAUCAGCUUUUUAUGCCGCGAAAGCCGGCAGAUCAACUACUAAGAAUCUCUCUAUCUUGCUCCGAAAUACGCUGUGUGUCUGAAGUUGAUUGGACGGACAGCUCCACAGCGGAAAACAUUACAUUAAAGCAUUCUUGUAUAUGAUGCAUCGCAUCGUUAACUUUUUAUGCAGAUGCACCGAGCGGUGCACCUACCUCAUGAUUUACAAGCAAUCCGAGAUACAUGUCCUUCAUCUUCACUGUAAAAAGUGAAACAUUUAAUCAAAAUUUUUCAACUAAAGUUAAACUACUGUAAAGUGAAAAUUUAAGCUGAAUUUUUUUUUAUGUGUUACCAAUUUAAGUCUUGUUUAAGUUGAUCCAACGUUUCACUUUUUACAAUGUUUCAGACGAGCACAUUUGGAGUCAUUUUAGGAAAUGUUCUUGCUUUUUCAAGCUUUAUAAUGUUAGAAAACAGGGAUCAGGGAACAAUUUCUCACAUUAAACCUCAAAAAAGUGCAUUCAUCCUUCACAGAAUAGCUCAGUGGUAGAGCAUUGCGUUUGCAGCGCAAAAAGUAAUGGGUUCGAACACAAAUACUGAUAAAAAAAUGUAUAGCUUGUAAUGCACUGUAAGUUGCUUUGGAUAAAAGUGUCUGCCAAAUGCAUAAAUAUAAAUUUACAGAGGAAUCCACAUGGCUCCAAGGGGUUAAUAAAGUUUUUUUGUGGUAAUCCAUGUGAUUUAUAAACUGGAAUACUAGCUUUCCUUGAUGGGACCAUCUUGGAGUUUAAUCGUAAUGGGCGUUUGUUGUCAUGGGCACAUUACGCAGUGACUCUCCUGAUUCACAUGAGUCCAAGAUGGCGCCGCUAGCGGAAGCUAGUUAUAGUAGUUUAUAAAGUCAGAAUUUGUUUCCUAAUCCUCCUAAUCCUUACUAAAAUAACUCCAAAUGUGUUCAUCUGAUAGAUAAUGGACAUAUGUAUCUCAGAUUGGUUGAGGGUGAACACAUCAGGGAGUAAUAUUGAUAAUUGGCCUGGAGUAUCUCUUUAACUCGCACUACUGUGAUGCAGUCAAUUUUGGAAUGAGAAAGUGUUUUCUCUAAGGCUACGUUUACACGUUAACAAUCUGAAAAGAAAACGCAAAAGUGACCUUGCGUUAUCACUUUUUAUUUUGCGUUUAUACAAAGGAAAUCUGCGUGCAUAUGGUGACGCAAAAGUGUGUGAUAUUCGAUGUAGUAUGCACUCCAGGCAGCUAGAUGGCAAUGUGAAGCACUAACACACAACACCACCAAGUCCGCACGCCUGCGUACAACCCUCUUCUUUGUUCUCCCAGGUCUCGUACGAAGCCGUCUUGUUUGCCUCCGACGAGUUGGCGCAUCAACAAUUUGAUAGAGGUAAUUAAUGUGCCUUCUCUUAUCAGAAAUACUAGCUGUGAAUAUUUCGUACAACUGCUGGAAAGGCUCUUGUAUAUUUAUCAGAGCUGCUAUGGCAACUUGAAGGUCGGACGUAUGGAAAUAAUCCGACAUGUUUGUUGUUAUUUUCCUGAACUAGCGUAUGCCUGUGACGCUUAUGCCACGAGAGCCCCGUGAGCAGACUUUUGCGUUUUUACCCUUUAAAUGGGAAUGCGAGGGUAGAUAGUUUUUAAGAUUUCCACUUUGGAGGGUGGUUUCACUUUUUUGCUUUUUUAAGCCCCCAAAAACGGCAUUACCUUGUAAACGAAAGGCACAUCCGAUAAAAUAUUUGUACGUUUUCACACUCAAGUGUUCUCGUGUAAACAGGCCCUUAGAGAGAAAGAAAGAGUGAUGUCUCCCUUUAAAGUGGACUUUGAGCUUUGUAAUACUGUAGAUCCUAUUUAUGCUCAAACAGCAACAUACACCAACUAAAGUUAUAUGUUUCCUGCAGGCAACACAAUGAAAAACUUCUACAAGAAAAUCAACAGAAAGAACUGGAUCUUUUAUUCAGAAACAAUAAAUGGUGCAGUUAUGAAAUGUGCAUAAAAUUGUAAAAUGGUGAAAUAGUACAAAAGUGCAAUGUUAUUAACCCUCAUAAGCCCUGAUUUUCCUGUAUACGUUUUAGUUCCUUGGGGGUAAAAAUGACCCCAGAGAUUAAAAGAGUCAUUACAAAAAAUAAAUACAUUUUUAAUGAUACAAAUAAUAUAUCAUUUUUUUCAUUUACUUCCCAUCUAUACAUUAAUGCUGUGUCUUGCUAGAUAUGAAGUACUUUUAUACCCAUUUACCACUCAAUUCCUCAACUACACCAUUAGCUUGCUUGAAAAAUAUCACAUUUUUAUGAAAAAUUCACAUAAAUUAUCCUCUAAAUUUGAUUUAAGUUGUUUUAAGAUAUUGAUCUAGAUGUUAUGUGUUGAAUUCAGCCAUUUGGUGUUUAGAAAAAAACAGUUUUAUGGUUACAGUUUAGGAAAUAAACCAGCAGAGGCCCAUAGAGACCCAUUCAUUUCACUGAAUGUGGCCAACUGCUCAACAUCGUGUGUGUGUGUGUGUGUGUGUGUGUGUGUGUGUGUGUGUGUGUGUGUGUGUGUGUGUGUACCUGGUAAUUAUCACGUUGUGGGGACCAAUUGUCCCCACAAAAAUAGGAAUACCAGUGUUUUUGUGACCUUGUGGGGACAUUUUGAUGUCCCCAUGAGGAAACAUGCUUAUCAAACAGAAUGAUGUUUAUUGAAAAUGUGAAGUAGUAGAAGUGUUUCUGUGAUGGUUGGGGUUAGGGAAUGGGGUAGGUAAGGGGAAUAGAAUAUACAGUUUGUACGGUAUAAAAUGCAUUACGUCUAUGGAAUGUCCCCACAAAACAUGGAAACCAGAAUGUGUGUGUGUGUGUGUGCACCUGUGUGAGUAUUUUAGAUCUUUGUUUUGCAUCUGUGGCUGAUUUUUUUUUUUUUGCCAAAUUCUAUAAGAAAUGCUCUCUGUGGCAGUCAUACCUUUGUGUGUUUGUGUGUGUCUGUUUGUGCGUGUGAUUGAGCAUGUAUUUUCUAUGUAAAAAUUGUGCUCUAGUACCAAACCUACCUUUCUGUGUUGAAAUUUUCAGAUUUAUUCUGGAUGCAUUGAUUUUUUUUUUGACAAAUAAAAAGAAAAAAAAGAUUUUUUUGCAUUUCCCAUUCAUUUCAAUUGAGGUCAUUUUUACCCCUAAAGGGACUAAUUAAUUGAUUUUUUACACCUCUUUGGAACGACCCAAUCAAGCCCAGUUUUUUUUAUAUGAGUCUUGACAGAUAAUCUGGAAAAGUCACAAAAUCUUAUUCCACUGAGAUGAAGGGAACCAUGUUUUUAAACUAAAGAAAAGUGGCUUGGGGGUAGAAUUGACCCCAAGGGUCUUAUUAGGGUUAAAGACUUAAACAUUCAAAUCUGAAUGCUGCACAAUAUUCACAUGGUGAAAACAGAAAAGCCACUUCCCUUCUCACACACCACUUAGACACAUAAGUCAGAGAAAACGAAACUUGAGUUGUAUUUGAGCGGUUGAACUUCCCUCACUGUUCGUCUCCACGUGCAGUAAAAUGGCAGAAGCCAGUAUUUCAGUGGCUCAGGAUCAGUUAAUCUGUCCAGUGUGUCUGGAUCUGCUGAAUUGUCCAGUGACCAUUCCCUGUGGACACAGUUACUGUAUGAGAUGUAUUACAAACUACUGGAAUCAGAAGUAUCAGAAGAAAGACUACAGCUGUCCUCAAUGCAGACAGACCUUCACUACAAGACCUGCUCUGAGUAAAAACACCAUACUGGCUGAAAUGGUGGAGAAACCGAAGAAGACUGAAGUACAAGCUGAUGUUUCUGCUCAGUGUUCUGCUGGAGAUGUGCCGUGUGACGUCUGUACUGAAAUCAAACACAAAGCUGUCAAGUCCUGUCUGAUGUGUCUGAACUCUUACUGUCAACAUCACCUCCAACAACAUGAGACUUUCUUCAAAGGAAAGAGACACAACUUGAUAGAGGCCACUGGACGACUUCAGGAGAACAUCUGCCCUCAACAUGAUAGACUGAUGGAGAUUUAUUGUCGUACUGAUCAGCGUUGUGUGUGUUAUCUGUGUAUGAUGGAUGAACACAAAAAUCAUGACACUGUAUCAGCUGCAGCAGAGAGAACUGAGAAACAGAGGAUUUUAGGUGAUACAAAGAGAAAAUACCAUCAGAGAAUGAAGCAGAUUGAAAAGGAGUUUAAGGAUCUGAGAGAUGUUAUUGAGUCUAAUAAGCGCUCUGCACAGACAGCAGUGGAGGACAGUAAGAGGAUCUUUACUCAACUGAUCCGCUCCAUUGAGAGAAGACGCUCUGAGGUGAUAAAGCUGAUCAGAGAUCAGGAAAAGACUGCAGUGAGUCGAGCUGAAGAACGACUGGAGCGACUGAGGCAGGAGAUGGAUGAUCUGAGGAGGAGAGAUGCUGAGCUGGAGAAACUUUCACACACAGAUGAUCACAUCUAUUUCCUGCAGAGUUUUCAGUGGGUCUCUCUUGGAUGUAAAGAUGAACCCAACAUCACUUUUACUUCUCAACCCUCUUUUGAUGAUGUGAGAAAGUCUGUAUCUAUAUUGGAUGAAAAACUUGAGGGUUUCUACAAAGAGAUUGACAAGAUAUCUUAUAGAGUAACAUCCAUCAAGAUAACACCCACCAAUGAACCAAAAACCAGACAGGAGUUUCUUCAACAUCAACGUCAACCUCAAUUUUAUGAUUGGUAUAGAACACCUAGACUGUGGAAGAUCAAGAAGCACCUGAUUAGAUGACCUCAGUGAUCUAGCCGGAACAGGGCCAGAGUGGGACUCAUUUUCAGCCCUGGAGUUUCAUGCCUUAGACCGGCCUACUUUAGUUCAUGACUGUCUAUAUUAAAAUAAUAUCAUUAAAUCCUCAGUAGCCUACACAAGUCUGCAAUAGUGCACUGUUCUCUGCAGCCUUACAAUUCAUUGUAUUUUUUAAAAUAUAUAAUUUCCAAAUCAAUGCAAAUACAGUACUCUAAACAAUUAUGAUUUUUGCUAUAAUCUUGCUUCCCUAUCAUUAGGUAUUUAAAUAUUAUUCAAUUAAACAUAUUCAAAAACUACUGUAAGUGAACAAAGGUGUUUGUGUUUUUCUUUAUAUUUCUAUUUAAAAAAAUAGUGGGUCUUGAGAUUACCUGUUGGGUUGAAAAAGUUUAGAAACUCAUGAUAUAUAAUACACAAGCAAGAUUUAUGCAGAGGAAACAGAUGGAAAAAUAAAAAUCCUUAUCUUAACUUUUAGUACUUAGAUCAUGUACAUUGCCAAAAAACAUAAGGUAGAUAAAAGAACAUAUUUAAUGGACUUUUGUCCAAAACUGAAUUUUAGUUUUACUUGAGAAACAUUUAUAUGAAACGUUUUCAAUAAACUGAUGAGUUUUGCAUUAAAUUGGUUUUUGUUAUCAAUAGACGAUGAAUAAUAAUCAGUCCUUCCAGAAAAACGCUGAGUUUUUUUGUGAUUGUUGCGGGCAAAAAUCCUCGAUUUUGCGGCACGUUUUCUUGAAAAAUGCGAUGGAAUAUGCAGGAUAUUUAUGGAAUUUAUGCGAUGGAAUUGCGGGAAUUUGCGAAAAUUGCGGAACUUGCAAAAACUACGGAAACUUGCAAAAGCUGCACGUCACAUAAUCAUGUCACUUCAUAACGUUCCCAUGGCAAUAGAGGACACGGCUGCGCUUUUGGGAAGUAAAUGCAACAUUUUCAACUUUCUGCUAAUAUAUAUGUGACUUUUUGCUACGAAAAUGCUGAGAUUAUGAAAUCAUGCAAGCCCCGCAUAUUUUGUGUGCGGAAAUAUGUAAUUAAUGCGGCGAAAGUGCGUCGUAUUUGGAAAAAAUGCAGCCCCGCAUAAAUAUGCGGACUUUGGCUGAUUAUGCAAUAUAUCGCGCGAUCGCACAAUCGUGUUUUUCU